CCCCAGUGACACUAUAUAUAAACCUAAGCCUCCUUCCAAGUUUUAUAAUCUGAUUUUUCUUCUGAAUGCUCAGUAAGCCGUGUGGACUAGCUCAAACGUUUCCAACAAGAUGUCCAUUGAUGCAGAAAUGCCCGUUUUCCUUCGAGUCUUGUCCGAUGGAUCCAUCAAGCGCUUCGUGCCCGAAAUCGCCCCCGCCUCGAAUGAUUCCUCCGCUGGGUAUUUCUCAAAGGAUGUGGUGAUCGACACGUCCAAACCGAUAACUGCAAGAAUUUUCAUCCCCAAUGCUCCUGCUACUUCCUCGGCCCGCCUCCCCGUCCUGGCGUAUUUCCACGGCGGCGGCUUCUGCAUCGGCUCCACAACAUGGCUGGGCUACCACCAUUUUCUCGGGGACCUCUGUCUUGUGGCCCAGUGCAUUGUCUUCUCGGUGGACUAUCGAUUGGCACCCGAGAACCGCCUUCCCGUUGCCUAUGAAGACUGUUACGCCUCCCUGGAGUGGCUAAGCCGCUCUAAUGGCACCGACCCUUGGCUCAAGCGUUCCGACCUCUCCCGCCUGUUUUUGUCUGGAGAUAGCGCCGGGGCGAACAUAGCUCACCACGUGGUGAUCAGGGCGCUGCAGGACGCCACCUGCCCCAUGUCCAUCGCAGGGUUGAUGUCGAUACAUCCGUACUUCGGCAGCAAGAGAAGGACCGAGAAGGAAUUGGCAGACGAAGGCGGCAAGAACGUCGGUUCGAACGACUUGUUCUGGAGACUGAGCAUACCGGAAGGCUCGGACCGCGACUAUCCAGGUUGCAACUUCGAGAUGGCAAGAAUGUCGGCCGACGAGUGGCGGCGGUUCCCGCCGGUGGUGGUCCACGUGGCGGAGCUGGAUUUCCUCAAGGAGAGGGGGAUGAUGUAUGCAGAGUUCUUGAAGGGGCGAGUGAAGGAGGUGGAGCUGGUGGAGGCCAAGGGGGAGCAACAUGUCUACCAUGUGUUUCAUCCUAAAUCUGAGGCCACUUCUUUGCUCCAUAAGCAAAUGAGCCACUUCAUGAAGAGAUUUUAGCAUAUCUUAGACCGGUCAUUUAAACUAUUUACAUGUCUAUGGAAGUGGACCCAAUUUGAGGAAAAUCGGAGUUUCAAGUUAAAUCUCGAAAGUCUCUCGAGUUCUUAUUAAUUGUCUAGAGAAAAAUUAAUACGAAUUAUCUAUUUUAGUGAAUUUUC